GCUUUCCAUAACAGGUGGUGAAAUAUUGGCUCUCUCUCUCUCUCUCUCUGCUCGCCCUGCCCGCACUGGAGUCUCCUCGUUCCCCCACCGGAGAAAUGGCAACAACCGUGACACUAAACACCGGCGCACGAAUGCCCAUCGUGGGACUUGGCACGUGGAAGUCUCCCCCUGGCAAGGUCAGCGCGGCGGUGAAAGCAGCCAUCUCAGCAGGCUACAGGCACAUCGAUGGAGCGUACGUCUACCAGAACGAGGCGGAGGUGGGAGAGGGUGUCAACGCCAUGAUCAAGGAUGGCGUGGUCAAGCGGGAGGAUCUCUUCAUCGUUAGCAAGCUGUGGUGCACUUUUCAUGAGAAGUCUCUGGUGCGGCAAGCCUGUGAGAAGACCCUCAGUGAUCUUAAACUGGACUACUUGGACCUCUACCUGGUGCAUUGGCCGAUGGGUUUCAAGGCCGGCAGUGAGCUUUUUCCUCUGGACAGCGCAGGAGAGACAAUCACUGAUGAUACUCACUUCCUGGAAACAUGGGUGGCAAUGGAAGAGCUGGUGGAUGCUGGCUUGGUCAAAGCUGUCGGUGUCUCCAACUUCAACAAGGAGCAGAUUGAAGCCAUUCUCAACAAGCCGGGCCUGAAAUACAAGCCUGCCAACAACCAGGUGGAGUGCCACCCGUACCUGUCUCAGGAGAAGCUGGUCGACUUCUGCCACUCUCAGGGCAUCUCCGUGACGGCCUACAGCCCCCUGGGCUCCCCCGACAGACCCUGGGCUAAACCUGACGACCCCUCGCUGCUGGAAGAUCCAAAAAUCAAAGCCAUUGCGGAGAAGCACAAGAAGACUUCGGCUCAGGUCCUGAUCCGCUUCCAAAUCCAGAGGAACAUUGUCGUGAUCCCCAAGUCCAUCACACCUCAGCGCAUUCAGGAGAAUUUCCAGGUGUUUGACUUUGAACUAACCGCAGAGGAAAUGAAGACUAUAGUGGGAUUCAACAGGAACUGGAGAGUCUGUCCCAUGCAAUGGAGCUUGAAGCAUGCAGACUAUCCUUUCAACGUGGAAUUCUGAAAUGAAAGAAAGUCCUCAGGUUUUCCCACAGGUUGACAUCUUGGUCUUCCCCAUUUAAUCUACUUAAUUUUCUGCAAUCAAGUGUAGUUUGCAAAAUAACUAUUUUCAUGGUACAUUUACCAUGAGAAAUGUUGAUUUAUCCAAUAAUUGUCAUUUUGUCUCCACUAAAAUGUGUUUACUGAUCUUGUUCUAAUGCUAUAAGUUUGAUUUUGCACAAACAUAAUUGAGUGCUCAUAUAUUUUCUUUUUCAUAUUGUGAUUUUCUGUCCUAAUAGCCUGCAAAAAAGUAGCUCGCUUGAUUUUUUAAAUAUUUCUUCCCGUGUUGCCUUGUCUUAGUGAACUACUUUGGUCAGCUAAAUGUGUCACGUUCACUAAUGUUAAAGUGUGUAACGGAUCUGAGAAAUAGCAGGGACAUCAGUCAUUUGUAGUUUUGCAGUAAGCACAUGUGUACAUUUUAUUCUCCUAAAAG